AUGGACGAGGGUUCAUGCUUUUACCUUAAAAUCGAAUGUGAGGUGGUUCAAUGGAGGCUCUUUGUUUGCUUCAACGCUAGAUUUGGAGAUGGGCCUGGAGAUGAAUUGCCCUUGGAAUCCAAUGGAGACUACACAAGGAAAUUUGGCUACUUAAAAUUCUCUAAUUUCAACAACAAAACAACAAAUAAGGAUAAUAAUAAUAUGCCUAUUGAAAACCUAUUGAAUAGUGUUUUGUAUCCACCGAAAGAGGUCUUCCCCGUUUUUGGAUAUCCUAAAGUUAGGCAGCAUGCCUUUUGGGUCCCAGUUAACCCUCAAUACUUUGAAGUUACAAAGAAACUAGAGGAUUUGAAGCUAAGAAGUUGUUUGAAUGCAACAACUUGUCUACCAAGAAGAGCUGUUGUGGUAAGAGUAAAGAGAGGGAUUAGUGCCAACGUGUUUGUUGACAAUAGGGCAUACAGAGAGUUCUUGAACUCACACUUUGAGGGUAUUACCCCAAUCGACAUGGAGAGUGCUGCCGUGGCCAUAGUCUGCUUCCAGCAAAAAAUUCCUUUUAUUGCACUUAGAGGGCUCUCUGAUUUGGCUGGCGGUGGCUCCUCUCUCUCCAAUGAAGCUGCCACCUUUGCCACUUUGGCUGCUCAAAAUUCAGUGCAAGUUCUAAUCAGAUUGAUUGCUUUGUUGUCAUCAUAGGGCUAUGCUAAGCUUCAAUUAAUUAGUUUCUCUUUAUAAAUAAUGGCAAA